ACCUUUAAGUGUGUUUCUCGUACAAAAGCAAUUAUCAGACGAUUAAUUUAAUCACUAAAAUUGCAGAAUUGUUUUGUUUCUUUGUUUGUACCAUCUGAUAACGACUCAAAGUCGUUCGCAAAACCAACAACUUAUUUAUUAAUUUAUGGUACACGAGUCUCCAUCAAAAUCCUCCUAACAUUUCCAAUAAUUUAUGAUCUUGUUCCAAUCAACUGACGAAUUUUUCCAUUCGAAAACGUUACGUUUUUCCACGUAACAAUAAAUCAGUGUGAUUAUCUUACAGGAAAUCCCACCACAGGCUCUAAUUUUCAUACAAUCAGACAAUUAUGUAAUAACAGCAAUGGUCGCGCAUUUAUUAUUUUUUAACUCUUCGUAAAUUAUGCCUCCAACACGGAUGUUACCGCACUUCCGGGACGCCUUGACCUUGCGCCUCGAAAAAUCCGUAAUAAAAUACCACUUCCGGUGGCUGUUUUUUUCCCAAAAUGUCAAGGAACAUCCGGUUUGUUCAAAUUUAGCGCCCACAUUUUGACAAUUGACAAUUGACAGAAGCCGACAAAUAAAUCAAUCAUGGCGGUUUGAAGAUUAGCUCAAUUCUUGAAGAAAAAAAAUUAUUUUCGUUCGAUUUACACGUGUGUUUGGGGUAAAACAGCACAAGAGUUGUCUCAAGUAGCGUAUUUUGCAAACACGAGUCACAAGCUAGGUUAGGAAGCGAAAUGACUUCGAAGGUCCAACACGUGCAGGACAACUCAGUAGCCGAACGGAGAUUGCGCCCCAUUUACGAUUGGCUGGACAUCGGCAACAACAAAAAAGCGCUCCAGGAGUGCGAGAAAGUGCUGAAAAAGACGCCGAAUUUGCUGUGCGCGAAAGCGCUCAAAGCCCUGACGCUGCACCGGAUGGGCAAGGAGGGCGAAGCCCUGGCCAUCCUGGAGGCCCUGACUGCCGACAGCCCCACGGACGACGCCACGCUCCAAGCCAUGACUCUGUGCUACAGAGAGUUGCAACAACUUGAAAAAAUUUGUAAAUUGUACGAGACUGCGGUCAAGUUGGAGCCGGCAAAUGAGGAGCUUUACACGCAUUUAUUUAUGUCUUAUGCGCGUGUUUUCGAUUUUAAAUCGCAACAGAAAACGGCAAUGACGCUGUACAAGCACAAGCCCAAAACGCCGUACUAUUGCUGGGCUGUUAUGAGUAUUAUUUUACAAGCCACGCGUGGCGAGGGCAAGAACGAUGCGAAAAAACGCAGUUUAUUGCUGAGUCUGGCCGAACGUAUGAUGGAAAAGUUGAUUGUCGAUGGGAAACUUGAUGCGGAACAGGAAGUUCAACUGUAUGUUAUGGUUUUGGAGCUGCAGGGCAAGUUUGAGGAGGUUUUGGUUAUUUUGGAUGGGCCUCUCGGUACCAAGCUGGCUUGUAGUAAUCAGCCCCAUAAUAAGCUGAAGUAUUUGGUGCCCCUCAAGUGCUGGGAUGAUGUUAAUUUGUUGUGUAAGGGGAUCUUGAUUGAGAGUGUAGACAGGUGGGAUAUUUGGAAGGAAUACAUCAACUCGGUGUUUGCCCUAAUGGAGGCCAAACCUUACGAAAGUAACAAUCAUGAUAAUGGGGCCUCUGAUAACGAUUUAGAAACGGUAGAUGACACCCCGGAAAAGUGUCACGAAUUUAUUUGUCGGAUUGUUGAAAAUGGGGCCGAUAAUGGUUUUUUAUUAAGGGGGCCCUACUUAGCCCGCUUUGAGCUUUGUUCGCGUCUCGUAAAAUGUAACGUUGACUCGAGCGAUGUUCUCGGCGAAACAAUCGAAUUAUUUAUUGAGUAUUUUCGUAAAUUCGGACACAAACCGUGCUGUGUUUCCGAUUUACGCCAUUAUUUAGAUUUACUAGAUUGUGAAAAAAAGGCCGAAUUAUCGGCACGUUUAAUCAAGGAUGUUGGGAUCAGUUCAACAAGUGUGCCUCAGUCGGAACAACAAAUGCAACGCCAUCUAUGUGCCCUCCAAUUGUCACGUUUAUGUGGAGCACAUCGUAAUCUAACUUCUGAUCAUUUGAAAGCUUUAGUUACUGCAUUUUCGCUACAUUACGAGCACGGUUACCAAACUUACGGCACUAAUUUACUGUCGACUGAUUUAGGGCCUUCUGACCCGUAUGCACUUUUAGCGGCGCACGUUUUGUACGAUUUAUCACAAAGUGAGAAAAAAUCCGAACCGAUUGUUGCCGCUCUUGUCUUAUUAGAAAAUAUGCUCAAGAAUAGUCCGAGUAAUUUUCACGCAAAGUUGUUGUGUGUGCGGCUGUAUCAUACAGUGGGCGGUUGUCUCGGUGCCCAAAACAUGUACAGUAGUUUAGACACGAAACAUUUACAAUUAGAUUCGUUAGGUUUUAUACAUUGUGCUAGAUUAGCAACCACCGGUUUGUAUUCGCUGUGUUCGAAUUUGUUUGACGUUACGUUAAAAUUCUUCUCGUCGAAUUACAAAGAUAGUUCGGAUCAUAUAACAUUUUCGUAUAAAUACGGUUCGUUCAUAAAACUGGACGAAUUUAUGGAUUUUAGGGAACGACUGAACAACAGCAUGCACUAUACAACAGUUGCAAUCGAUCGAAUAGUAUUGAGUUUAGUUGAAUGUACAACAUUAGACACCCUGUACAACAUCGACAUAUCACCAAAAGACGAUAAAAUCGACUGGGAGGCGUUACGAGACAAUCACGAUCUUAGCGUUUAUAUCAGUUGGGACCCUGAACGUAUCAAAGGCCCGCCUGAAGAAUACGAAGAAAUUCGCACAUUUUUCAAGCAAAAUAAAAUUUUCCUUAAAUUACGUACGUCACUGCUGUGGGCGUUAUCAGCAGCCGUGGACAUUGUCAAAUCAUCAGACGGCGUCCGAACCAAAUACAUGGACCAAUUGGCUACGAUUUUGGCCGAUUGGGAGGAGCUAAGCACCAAAAAUCGAAACCACGCCCCUUUGUGUCAACACCUGGUCACUUUGCCCCUCCCCUCGCGCCUUCACGUGGCCUUGGCCACGCCCCAUUUUGACAUCGUGGGGCGAAUGUUGCGCCUUUUAUUGGCCGUUGUGUCCGAGGGUUGUUCCAAAGAAGAUGAUUUAGUGGAAAAAAUUGAAAGUGGGGUCAAGGCCAUGGUCGAUAUGAUUGAAAAUCGGGGGAAGAACUCGGCUGAUUUGAUUUAUCGGCGGGAAACGAUGGAAUAUGUUGUGAAUGCAGUCGAGGUUUUGUCCGUUUCGUCGCUCAUUUGUUUGUUGUGCAAUGAUUUGGUGAAGCCGCCGAGUAAAAAAGGCAAGAAAAAAGUGAGCGAAGCGUCGUCGUGGAAGGAAACCGUGGUUCGGCUGGCAAAUAGUUUCAAAACGCACAUUAACGCCUUGAAUGAGGUUUUGCAAACUUGGGCGCAGUUUAGUGUUUCGAGUGAUCUGGCGCUGAUGCUGGAGUCGGUGAAUUUGAGCAAUGACGGACACAAUGUGUGCGAGAAUAUAGUAAACAGUUACGUGUUGGCCGUUCGAGAGAUACAGUGUGUUUUGAAAAAUAAGAUUAAAAUGUUGAGUAGUAUACAGUAAGGUGCCAUUGCAAGAGUGACACGUGUAUCAGAUUGGUUGAAUAAAAUGGUUUCUACGAAACACCCACAACACGUCACUAGAUCUUUUUUUUUAAUUGUUUUAUUCCUUGGUUUUUGCGAAAAAUGCUGUUGGAAACGAAGAGAGUAGAUAGUUCGUGAGUCGGGAAGUUGGACGUAUUUUUAUCUGAAUUUUUGGACGCACUUCCGUUAGAAAACAGACUGCACGUGAGUGCAAUAUUUGCCUUUUUUUAUUGAUUGUCGUUAUUUUGCAAAAUUCGGACGAUUAUUUUACUAAAAAUUCGCUCUUUUUGAUUAAAACGCGUUGAAAAGUUUACGAAUUGUUCAAAAAUUUCGUUAUUUUGACAAAGUUUUGCUCCUUUUAAAAAAUUGUUUUUUUUAAGUAAUUUAUUUGCUUUUUUUGAGCGAAAUUUCAAUACAAAACAUCGUUCUGUGUUCGUUUUCUUAUAUUUUUGGGCUUGUUUUUCAUCAAAAAACUUAUUUAAUUUGCAAAAUUCCAUCAAAAAUUGAUCAAAAUAGACGUUUUUUCGACUAUUUUACCUUAUUUGUGGAAGUUUUUAAUGUUUAUUUUGCUGUUUUUUUAUAUGUACCUUGUUUUUGCGAAUGAAACUACCUAAUUUCUUUUUUUUUUUUCAAUCUUUUUUGUUUGUUUAAAGGAAUUUAACUCUUCUUUUCAUUAAAACAUGUCAAAAAAAUGUAAUUAUGUAAAAAAUGUUAUUUGCCGUUUUUUUUUGUUUUUGUUUGUUUCAUUUUUCAACGAAAAACUUACUUAUUUUGCAAAUUUCAUUCAAAAAUGACCAAAUUUAAAGGAAUUUAAUUCUAUUUUUUUUGGCGAACUUUCGCUAAAACACGUCGAAAAAUUACCCAAUUAUGACAAAAUUUCGUCGUUUUCACAUUUUUUGCUCUUUUUCGCUGUUUUUUGAGCGAGAAACUUACUAAUUUUGAAAAAUUCUGUCAAAAAUAUAGGUUUUUUUUAGUCUAUUUAAAGAGCUCUUUUGUGAGCGAAAUUUCAUUAAAAAAAGUCGCAAAAUUAUCUAAUAAGUCAAAAAUUUCGUUAUUUUGGCAGUUUUUGUUCUUUUUUUGUUAUAUCUUGUCUUGUUUUUGAGUGAGAAACUUAUUUAAUUUGCAAAAUUCCAUCAAAAAUUGAUCAAAAUAGACGUUUUUUUCAACUAUUUACUGGUUUCUACCUCAUUUUUUGAGCGAAAUUUCUUUAAAACCAUAAAAUUUUCGAAGUUUUUGAUGUUUAUUUUGUUCUUUUUUGUGAUAUUUAUCUUGUUUUUGCGAAUGAAACUUACCUUAUUUGUAUUAAAAAUUAAGAGAAUUUAAAAAACUGUUUUUUUUUGUUUAUUUAAAGCAAUUUAACUCUUCUUUUCAUUAAAACGUGUCAAAAAAAUGUCAAAAAUUUCAUCAUUUGACGGUUUUUUUUUGCUCUUUUUCGCUGUUUUUUGAGCGAGAAACUUAUUUAUUUUGAAAAAUUCCGUCAAAAAAUUACCAUGUUAGAGCAAAAUUAGACGUUUUUUUAGUCUAUUUAAAAAAAAUUGAGCGUAAUUUCAUUAAAAAAAUCGUAAAAGUGUCUAAUCAAGUCAAAAGUUUCGUUAUUUUCACUAUUUUUGCUCUUUUUCGUUAUAUCUUGUCUUGUUUUUUAGUGAAAAACUUAUUUAAUUUGCAAAAUUCCAUCAAAAAUUGAUUAAAAUAGACGUUUUUUCAACUAUUUACUGGUUUCUAUCUCAUUUUUUGAGCGAAAUUUCACUUAAACCAUAAAAUCUUCGAAGUUUUUAAUGUUUAUUUUGUUCUUUUUCGUUAUAUUUAUCUUAUUUUUGCGAGUGAAACUUACCUAAUUUGCAUUAGAAAUUAAAGAAUGUAACAAACUGAUGUUUUUUGUUUGUUUAAAGGUAUUUAACUCAAAUCAAGUUAGAUAUCCUUUUAAAAAAAUAACGGUUUUUAAUCGGUUUAUUGGAGUUUUUUUGCGGGAAAUUAAAAAAAAUUCUUUAAAGAAACAACUUUGACAAAAAAAUUAAUUUAAUGGACGAAUUGGACAAAUAAAAUUUGACGUUGUUGCCAAAAACAGCUGUCAUUUGUUGACUAGAGCUGUUGCUAGCAAGAAACAAUUAGGCCUUAGACUACGCACAACCGUGCUAUAAAAAAAAUUAAAUUAAAAAAAUAAAUCAUUUACAAUAUCUUGUAAAAGAAUUUCAAAAAAUAUACAGAGCGUGUCAAAAAUAUACAUAAAAAAUGGAAUUAACUGUAUCAAAAAGUCGUGUAAAAAACCUUAACACUAUCGAUUAAAUAUUGCUGUCACUGUUUUUUGGUCCUUUCUAAUAAAACUCACUAAAACAAACAAAAGAAAUGCAACAGAGUCGUUGUGAGAAUUGUAAUCGUAAUUAAGACGGCGUUGCAAGUUGGCCUUGGACUCGUAUUCAACCACACAAGGCCUGGAUAAUUAAUGUUGGGCGUGGAAAUCUCUGCAAGAAACAACCAAUCAGAACGCGCGCAACCACCAACCAAUCGCGUUGCGCCACAACAACAACACGAUGCAACGAAACUUACCGAAACAAGACGAACAGUAACGUCAAACAUAUAGCUGCGGUACUUGUCGACAAUGUGGCCGCAUCACCAUACCUUGCCUGACCGCAAGCAGGAGGACACACAGGAAUGAUGGACUC